CAGAGGAAAAAAAAGGAAAAAAAAGAGAAAAAAAAUGCAAGCGAGGGUGGAGAAGUCCGGCGAGAUCCAGCGGGUGGGAGAGAAGAAGGUGAGGGAUCUGAUGGCGGAGAAGCGGCGGCUGGUGGAGGUGCCGUACACGGCGUCUCUUGCGCACACCAUGAACGUGCUGGUGGCGAACCGGGUUCUGGCGGUCCCCGUGGCGGCCCCGCCCGGCCACUGGAUCGGGGCCGGCGGCUCCAUGAUCAUGGAGUCCGAUAAGCGGACCGGGCUCCUCCGGAAGCACUAUAUUGGCAUGGUCACCAUGCUUGAUAUCUUGGCUCAUAUCGCGGGCGAUGAUGAUCAUGAUUAUGAUCUCGUCGAUCUCGACCGUAGGAUGGCAGUUCCGGUGUCGUUGAUCAUCGGACAUAACGUCGAAGGUCUCAGUCUAUGGACUCUAAAUCCCAACACCAGCAUAUUAGAGUGUAUGGAGAUAUUCAGCAAGGGGAUCCACCGGGCGCUGGUGCCGGAGGACGGGCAGGUCGGGGAGGCGGUGGGCGUCGAGCUGGUAGAGUCGGCGGCGAGUUACAGAAUGCUGACUCAGAUGGAUGUGUUGAGGUUUCUCAGCGAAAAGGCACAGGAAGGUGAAAUGCAAGGAAUAUUGAGACGAAGUGUGAAGGAAAUGGAAGCCAUUAACGAGAGCGUUAUGGGGAUUACAGAUAAAACCAAAGUUAUUGAAGCAAUAAAGUGCAUGAAAUCUGGUUUUCUCAAUGCUGUUCCCAUUGUUAGAAGCACACAGGCCGCUGAGGAAAGCCACAGACAACUUUUUACUGGGAGAGGGAGGAAGCUAGUGGGGACGUUUUCAGCGACGGAUCUGAGGGGGUGCCAGCUUGCGACGCUGCAGACAUGGCUGCACCGGACGGCCCUGGGCUUUACUGAGGCAGUCGGGACAAGCCCUUUGUUCGGGGAGGAGGCGUCGAAGAGAGAACUGGUGACGUGCGGGCCAGAAAGUAGUAUGGGGGAAGUGAUGGAGAAGGUUGUGUCAAAACAUGUUCACAGAAUUUGGGUUAUUGAUGAACAUGGCCUGCUUCUUGGCCUCGUCUCCCUUUCCGACAUGAUUAGAGUUAUAAGGCUUCAGCUUCUCUCUCAACUGGGAACCUAUUAGCUCUGUCUCUCCCUAUAUUAUGUUUAAUGUGUUCGUUUAUAUUAUUUUGUUUUGGUUAAUGUAAUUGUGAGGUUUUUGUAGGA